AUGAUUUUAUCAACAGAAACUGAUUUCAGUUCCUCUCUUAGUGAAAAGAAAGAAGGAAAGGAAAGAAACAUUUGUGAUGAGUCUUUUCAGGUUCCUGGGUUUUCUUUCUCUCAUGUAUUCAGCUGUUCAGCUAUUUGAUAAUGACAUCUUUUUAAUAUAUAAUGAAGAUAGUAAGUACUGUAUGCAAGCUCAGAGCUCUAGCUCAGUCAUAACUGCUCCUUGUGAUCAGAAUGCUAUCUCACAAAAAGUUAGGUGGGUCUUUGUGCACCAAAUUAUGAGCCUGACAUUCACUUUAGGCUUGGCAGUGCCUUCAAAGAAGGAACAAGUAGAGGUAUUUUUGUAUCCUUGUAACAAGACAAGUCAACUUCAACAAUGGGAAUACAGAAAUGAGACCCUUCUUACAAUCCACGGAGAAGAUUUGUUUUUCAGCUCUGUCAGCAGAACAAAAGAGAACAUCAUGCUGCACAAGGGUUCAGGUGUGAAGAGUAAGUGGAAAAUCCAUGGAACCUCAGAUGGUUUAUGCUCUUGGGGAUAUGAUGGUAAAGUUUGA